UUGGCCCAACCGUGAGAUCUAGUAACUUCUAGCCCAUGUUGGAGCACACGAGAGAACUCUGGAAGCCCACAGCCAGGCCCUCUCGUCGCUUGGUAUAAAUUGAGCCGUCCCCGCGUCGACGCUCCUCAUCCGAAGUCAGAACAGCCAAGAAAACACAGAUACACUAGUCGCCGAAGCAACCAUUAACCACAACCCCAAUCUCCCGCGUCACCCAAAACUCGAGGCAACAACCGAUCCACCAACAAUGUCGCUGAUUCGCCGUGGAAGCGCAUUCGACCCCUUCUCCCUCGACCUCUGGGACCCCUUCCAGGGCUUUCCCUUCGGCUCUGGAAGCAGCAGCCUCUUCCCCUCGUUCGGAGGCACCAACUCGGAGACGGCCGCCUUCGCCGGUGCCCGCAUCGACUGGAAGGAGACGCCGGAGGCGCACGUGUUCAAGGCCGACGUGCCGGGGCUGAAGAAGGAGGAGGUGAAGGUGGAGGUCGAGGACGGCAACGUGCUCCAGAUCAGCGGUGAGCGCAACAAGGAGCAGGAGGAGAAGACGGACACCUGGCACCGCGUGGAGCGCAGCAGCGGCAAGUUCCUGCGCAGGUUCCGGCUGCCGGAGAACGCCAAGACGGAGCAGAUCAGUGCGUCCAUGGAGAACGGCGUGCUCACCGUCACCGUGCCCAAGGAGGAGGCCAAGAAGGCCGACGUCAAGUCUAUCCAGAUUUCCGGCUAGAGCCUGGAGCUAACGAUGUCUUCGUCUUGUGUCGAAUCGAUCGUGUAGUUCUUCACAUGUCGGGUCCAAAAAAUGCUAGCGUCCGUGUAGUACUGUACUGGUAUCAUGGCUGUCUUGAGUAGCGUGUGUUGUGGCUGCUGUGUUUCGAACGAGAUUGAAGUCUCAUGCGUUGUGUAUUACCAGUGUCUCCUGUCUCGUCUGUAAUAAAACCAGAUUCAAGGAAUUUCCAAGUGAGUUGCUAGUUCUACGGC